CGACAGAGGGCAUUGGCGGCACUAUUUGACAGCUGAAUAAUAAACACACGAGAAUUGUCAACACUUCAGUGCAAAGGAAUUUUCUGAUUUUUAAAAAUUCAAUUGAUUUUCACUGAAAUUAAUAAAAAUAUGGAUCAUCCACGGGCGUGCGGUUGCAAAGGUUGCCGAACCUGUUUGAUAUGUGAAAAGGAAUUUAAUUUCGAAGAGAAACCAUUUAUAACUGAAUACAAAAAUUUGGACAAUUACGUAUUUUGUUAUAAAUGCAAUAAAAUCUAUGUUGGUCACGAUGUUACCGCCACCAUUGAAUCUCAUGUUAAGGACCACGAUAAACAAACCGGCAUUGAUUUCCCAGGUGUUUUUGUAUUGCCGGACUUUAUUUCGCCGGUCGAAGAAAAUGCAUUAAUGAAGGGGAUUGAUGGCCUACCAUGGGACAUAUCUCAAAGUGGCCGACGCAAACAGAAUUAUGGGCCCAAAACGAAUUUUAAGAAAAUGAAAUUGGCGCACGGAGCGUUUAGAGGUUUUCCGGAAUAUUCGAGAUUUGUACAAGAACGGUUUCGAGAUGUUCCACUUUUGGCUGAUUUCCAAACGAUUGAGCAAUGUUCUUUGGAAUACGAUCCAGAGAAGGGAGCGUCAAUUGACCCACAUAUCGAUGACUGUUGGAUCUGGGGCGAACGUGUUGUUACGGUGAAUUGUUUAUCAGAUUCCGUGUUGACACUAGUGAGAUACACCGGAGAUGUAAAACGCUACAAUCUACCAUUGGUCGAAUCAUAUUCAUCGCAUUUGAGAUCAUCAUUGGCCAAAUACGAUGAUUUGAAUCAAUUCAACAAUAUGUUAAUAAAAAUACCAAUGCCAAAUCGAUCGCUAAUCGUUUUAUAUGGAUCACCACGCUAUCAAUUCGAACAUUCAGUUUUGCGAACGGAUAUCACGUCACGACGAGUUUGUAUUGCGUAUCGAGAAUUUACACCAAUGUAUUUGAGCAAUGGCGAGAGUUUUGCACACAGUGUUCCAAUUUUUGAAACGGCCAAAUCGUUUUGGACAGAUGAUAUUCCUGUAAAAUGAAUUACAUUCAUUGAAAAGGUCCAAACGAUCUGCUGUAUUACACAUGUACAUUGAUUCAACAUUUUAAAGAGUAAGAAUGAUUUUAUGUAAUUAACCGUACAUCGGUAUGAACAGAAAUUGAUUUUUUUUAAAUAAAUAUUCAAAAUCUUUUUUCACA